GCGUCCGAUCUCUGCGUGUUCCGGUUCUUUGUCAUCAAUGGGUUGCCGGGCGAGAUCAUUUCGAGUGGCACUUGAAAACGAUUUACGCAAUAUUUGAGUUAGUUUUUGACAUAAGAGGUGUUUUAAAAAACUAUUCGGGCUAAUUUACACAUCCCCCGUGACAAAUAUUAUCCGAGACAAGAGUAUUUAACGCGUUCGAUCUUAGGCCCUUUCGGUAUUAAUGAGCCGUACCCACUUCAGCUGACUGCGUCGUACGCAAGGCUACUCUAACUAAACUAGUAGUAGUCCGGCGUUCGAGGAAGGCGGUCGGGUGUUCGCUGUGGCUGUGAUAUGCGGAUAUGUUAUUGAGGUUUAAAAUGUUUUUGGAACGUUCGCCAUAGGCGUGACGGCGUCUAGAUCGCAACAGUUCGUGUCGAAAUUGUAUCGCGAGACCGGUGAGCGGCCGCCGGGGUCGCAGCGCGAGUGAGUGCCGUGGAGGACGAUCAGGGCGAGCCGAGGCUCAAUAAUGCUCAAAUUCCUGACUCAUAAGCUACGAACGCAUUCGUUGAAUGAGGAGAACGUUUCCGAGAAGGUGGAGGAGCGGGACUCCGGCACCGAGUCGGACGACGAGGCAGAGCGUGCCGACACCGGUGAAUACUGUGCUGACGUCAUCAUGAAAUGGAAUGACGUCACCGACAUCAGUAUGGGUGGUGAAGCAUGCGCCUGCGCGCCUGUUCCGCCACGACCGCUCGCUGCGCCGGAGCCCGACCAGCUAUACGAUCACCAUUCUUCGGAGGAAGAACUAGAGGUCAUCAAUGGAAGCCCUGCGGGUUCGUCCACUGUGGCGGCGAGAGGCGAAGGCCGGCGGAGGGGCGCCUCAUCACCGGCACGCACAGCACCAGAGAAGCGUCGCUGGCCGGCGGAACCCUACCUCGACGACGAGCUCGCUGCGAGGGCGCCUUCCUCGGACGACGACGACACAAAGGUGGAGACCCCAGUGCGGUUCCGCACGUCGCCGCCGCUGGAGGCGCUGAAGCCGAGGCGCGCAGUGGGCGGCGCGAGCGUGGCGGGCGACGGCUGCGCGUGCGUCGGCCGCGCGCCCGUGUCGCCGCGCCGGCGCCGCCUGCCGCUGCCGCCGCCGCGCCGGCACCGCCCCGCGCUAGACUUCGAUAAGAUGCAGCAGCUGAAGGUGGGCGGCGGAGGCGUGCGGUCGUGGCGCGCGGUGGGCGGCGCGCACGGCGGGGAGCUGUCCGUGUUCUGCUGGUGAUGGCGGCCGCCCUGAACACGAGCCGCGGGUCCAGUGCUCCGGGUUGACGUAAUGUGUGUGUGUGUGCUGCGCAGGAGGAGAGUGGCCCCGCCCCCGCCCCGCGCGACGCGUCCGCUGAAGCCGAGCAUCGCUGACCGUAUUUACUCUACACUACCACUACCCACUUAGCGCAAUAAGAAAACGAUUCCGAUACCCAUCUCCGUCGCGGCCCGCCCCCGAGCUGCGGGGCCGGACGGACGUCGGACUCGCCGGAUCCGGAUCGGAGUCGGCCGAGCGCAACGACGCUCCGGUGUUGGAGUUCCUUACGUUGCACUCAAAUAAUGAUCAAAGUACAAACUUACUAAUACUAUUGUAUCGAAGCGCGGCCGCCCCGCGUUGCCGACCCAAUGUAGUUUUUGGAAAUAUUUACUCGUUUUGAAUACUGUGUUUAAAUUAUUGCCACUCUUGAUCGGUUUCGGAUGUUUGUAUCAGUAGUCGGACGCUACGUUUAGAGACCUCUUGUGCGACCUCGUGCGACCCCGUGCGACCUCGUGCGGCCUCGUGCGACGGGAUCGCGGCGCACGCGAGUCCAAUUGUAUUAAAUCGAGGCCAUCGUUAGUUACACACGGAUUAUCAUUUAAACUGUCGCCGUGACGGUCCGAUGUUGCCGUAUUUGUGACAAAGUUUUAGGCUUUCACGAGGUGCGGGUUUCUUCGAUGGGAAUCGUUUUCUACCGGCCGGUCGAUAAUAUUACUCGUGAGAAUAUAAAAUGUUUCUAGUGUAGACGCGCGGCGUUAGAUACGCGUAUAAAUUCAAAUAUUUAACGUGUACGUUACUUAGACUUUACUUCGUAAUUCUGUGCGCGUGGAAUGUCACUACGUAUAAUCGUGGCAGGCGAGACCCGCAUCGCGUGAAACGGAUUAUAAGAGGUGACGUAUCAUUAGAAUCGCCUCGGCUUUUGAUCUCGAAUUACGACUGAGCGGCUCGACCCAGUCCGAGAGAAUCACUCCACCCGACUAUCGGUCGAGCCGCACGUGAUUCCUUAAUAGAUUAUCAAAAUAUUUUUAUCAUUUUAAAAAUGUCAAUUGAUACGAACUCGAAGCGCCGCCUUGCGUGCGAUACGUCGGCCGGCGGACGUGACGUCACCGCCUCGGCGCUCGGCGCGCUCGGCUCGUACGAUACAUCGGUUGUACCUAGUUGUAACUUAUGUUAGUAGUUUAUUUAGCUGGGCUAAUUCUGUUACUCUUGUUGUGUUAUAAACGAAAAUGAAAAAAAAAUAUUAUAAAAAUGUGGUGCGAGUGGAUACAGUGAAUUUAACGAUAAAGACAUUUAACAAAUUUUCAAAUUAAUACGAUAAAAGUACUAAGACUUUUUUUAAAAAUCGCUUGGAUAAAGAUCGUAUGUACAUAGUGUUAAGUUACGUAGGGUUUAAGUGCAGUCCUAGAUGUAGUAGGUAUAACAAAUUGUAUGGCGGAGGCGCCCGGCGCCCGCUCUUCUGUUAACAAUUCUUACUGUGUUAUUUUAAUUUCUGCUAAAGUUUCGUUACUGACUCGUCCAUGUCGUUCCCCGACCCGUGAACUGCGCCGCCCGGCAGCCGGCAGCCGGCACGGCUCGCCGGCCGGCGCCGGGCGGCGCGUCCUCGUAUUCGUCGGGCGCGCCGCUCCGCGCCCGAACACGUCGCGGAGGCGUCGAGUUUAUUUUUGCGAAUAAUAACUUUCUCAAAUAUUUUUUGAAGAGGAGAAAUUAAACGAUUUUUACGGAGUUUCGCUUGUAAAUUGGAACUAGAUUUCGAGAAAUUCAAAUGUGUCCUCCGGACGUGUUCCGCGGAGCGCUCGCUCGCAGUCUGUCUGUUGCAACAAUCAGUGGUGAUAUUUACAAGAUAAUUUAUAUUAUGUUUUUAUAUACUGAAUUAACAAGCGUAAUAAAGAGUGAGCAAUGGCACAUCUUAA